AUGACGUUCUCCUUAAGCAGCGAGGAAGUGCUUUCAGAUUCAGCAUACGAGCCAGCUACAUCUCAUCCAUCUACUCCGCUGGGAUUCCUAGAGCAGAGUGCUUUGGUACUUGUAGCUGGCGGCGAGAAGACGAAGAAGAAAAGAAGAGAAACCGGUCUGCCGUUGCCAUUUCUCAGAUUUCCGAGCGGAAGAGUUGAUGAAGAUGUCGAGAAAAUCGGAGACGAUGUCAACCAGCUACUACAUCUUGGAGGGACGAUCAGAAAUCAAGUCGAGGAACUGAAACGAGACGCUCAUCCCGAACAAGAGUCAUGGCAACCUUCAACUUCGGCCCCCGAAUCCAGCACAAACUCAUCGAAUCACCACUACUUACUUGCCGACGCUCUCACAAACAGCACCAGCUUCUCUUUCGUUUCAAUGCCGUUAAGACCUAAGAACGACACAGCAGAAUCCACGUCCCAACGCGUUCAAACCCCUCAGCUCCCGGAAGACAGCCAACUCCCCAACCUCCACGCCCUCAAAAUCUCCCUAACCCAAAUCCGCAACCACCUCUCCACCCUCGAAUCCGCCAUCUCAGUAAACAUCUCCGCCCAACUCCCUACCCUAGCCAGAUCCACUGACCCUCAACCUGCAGUUGCAGAUGAUUUCUCGUUACCGAGUUUUAAGGUGGAGAAGAAGAACCCGCAGAGUGCGGGUGCUGUGUUGGGGACCGUGAAGGUUGCUUGUACUGUUGAGAGGGGGUUGGAGGCGCUGGUUGGGGCGUUGGAGCUUGUUUCUGAGAAAGAAGCGGGUGGAGAGGUAAAUAGAGAGGGGGAGGAGAGGUUGAAAGAGGAAGGGGAGAAAGGAUUGAUGAGGGCGUGUUUGGCGAAGCCUGAGGAAGUGGCGCUGGAGAUGCAGAGGGCUAUUGUGGGGAUGAGGAGGGUGUUGAAGGCGAACGGUCGGAAGGGUAAAUGAAUUUCAGAGGUGAAAGGUGUUGGCAUUUAGAGUGGUAAUCU